GCAGUCCUAUGGGCGCAGGCGCACUACCGCCCUUUUCUCGUCUCGCGUGCGCCGCUCUCGCGUGGCCUUCAAGAUGGCGUCCUUCUGUGAGGAGUUCGUGUUAUGCUCUUUGGCGGGAGCCGGGGUCCCCUCUCAGGGGCCGCUGGGCCUGGAGCAAGAUGGGGACCGGGUGCUGCUCACGGACCGAGGCCGGACGGUGACGCUGUAUAAGGUUUCAGAUAAAAAACCACUGGGUUGCUGGUCAGUCAAACAAGGUCAAACAAUUACAUGUCCUGCUGUGUGCAAUGCUGAAACAGGAGAGUUCCUUAUUGUCCAUGAUGAUAAGGUUUUACAGAUAUGGAAGGAAGAUGACAGUAACUUGGAUAAAGCCUUUAAAGCAACGUUGUCAGCAGAUGUGUAUCGGAUACAUUCUCUGCCUAAUACCGAACCCCUGGUCCUGUUCAAAGGUGGUGCUGUCAAGAGUUUAGAUGCUGUACUCACAGCCCCUCAGCAAGAAAUUGAAAGUGUUGUUUCAGACGAAGUUAUUAGAUGGAGUGAUGCUUUCUUGGACUUUGGACAUCCUGUUCUUAUAUUUAUUACUGAGCAGGAUGGGAAUUGCUUCAUAUAUGUUCAGCAGUGUAAUCCAUGCAUCCUUCAGAAGUUUAAACUGGAACAAGGUGGCGAGUCAGCCACUCCGCAGAGUUUUGCAGCGUACUUGAAAAACAAAGUUGUCACAUUGCUUUGCUUGUAUUCCAACGGAUGUGUGUAUAAGGUUCUGGUGCCCCUGCAACAGAGUGGCUCUGAAGAAGAGCAAUUUUUACAAAAGUCUCUUCUGAUCAGACUUCUAGUAUCUGGCAGUACUCUAAAAGGCACUUCAAUUGCUAUUCUCGAUAAAGAUCAUAUUGCCACAACAGGAUGUUUGGAUUCCCCAGAUGGCCAUGUUAAAGAUUACUUUUCCAUAUGGAAUAUAAAAUUUCAAACAUUACAGGCUUCAAAGGAAUUGCCACGGGGAACCACUGGACAAUGUUGGUGUCACGGAGACAAACUCUUCAUAAUACAUGGUAACGAAUUAACAGUAAUAUUGUAUAAGUGUGAAACAUCUUCCUUGGCUGCUGCUGUUGGGAAAGUUAAGGAUACACAAACAUCAGAAAUGAAGAUUAUGCCUGCAAAGUGGAACAUGCUUCAAGAAGAUGAUCUAAUAGGUGCACAGCCAGAUCAGCCUGCUGAGGGUGGAUCUAAUAGGCUGUUGAGGUCAAGAAAGAGCAUGGGUGCAAAAACUGAACUGGAGACUCUGACAAUAGAACAGCUGCUUUUAAUUAUCAAGGAUUCUUCUCAGAAUGUAAUUGAAGAAAAGCUGAAGACAUUUUUAUCCAGUACUCAGAUACCAGACUUUCAAGCAUCAGUUGGAUGUGUACUAUCUGCUCUUGUGAAGAGGUGUAAAAGAGAGUCCUCAUUUUACCCUCAGAGUUGCCUGGUGCAAAUUAUGCAGACACAAGGCCUCUCUUACAGUAUGUGCCCAGAUCUAAUGGCAGUUGCCUUGGAGAAAAUAGAUGUACACUUGUUACAACUAUGUCUCCAGCAGUUUCCUGACAUCCCUGAAGCAAUUACCUGUGCUUGCCUGAGGGCUUUUCUGAGCAUUGGUGAUGACCACCUUGAAGAAAUGAAUGUGAAAUUAGAUUAUGUAGCAGGUUGUGUUGAUACUCUGCACAACAACAGAAUGGGAAAGCAAUCUAAAGUUAUACAGAAUGGCUUCACUUCUGAGCUCCUGGAAGAAGACACCUGUGACACACCGUUAACUCAGAAAUCUCACAUGACAUACACAAGAGAAAUAUGCCCCGUUGGACCACAGAAGGCAACAUUGCUAAACACCAUUCUUCGUUCAGCAUACAGUGAGACAUUUCUUUUGCCUCAUCUGAAAGAUCUCUCAGCUGAGCAAGUCAUCUUAUUUCUCCGGUAUCUGCAGUAUCUGUACAUGAAGUGUAAUGAAGAGGCUGCUACAGACCUUCCUAGAAUAUUUUGUCUGUCCAUAAACCAGAUCAUGGACUGGAUAUGCCUCCUCCUAGAUGCUCACUUUACAGUUAUUGUGAUGCUGCCAGAAGCAAGAGAAUUACUUUCUAAGCUGCACAAGUUUGUUAGAGCCCAAGUACGUUUUUACUCAGAACUCAACAAGAUUGAAGGAAGCCUGAAGCAGUUGCAAAGGAUACAGCACCCAAAGGAUGUGGGCUUAUAUUCCAUUGAAGUUCUGAAACUUGUAUGAAUAAGGCACACGUUUCUCAUAAAAUUAUUGUUACGAAUCUACUGUGGACAUUUUUCUCCCUCUUUGCAUUCCGGCUCAUCUGUUCUACCUUGUAAAAACUUAUUGUCACAGAAGUUGCUGGCUGCCCUCAAGCAACGACACAACCAUCUUGUCUUUAAUGCUUUUAUUAUGCAAACUAUUUACUAAGCAAGAGCUUCAGGAAAACAUGUCUACUCAUUGCUAUCAGAUUCUCCCAAUGGCGCUUUUCGGCUCCUCCUCCAGCAGAGUAGUUUGGUGACCCCCAAAUCUCCUCCCCCUGCGUUUGCGAGCCGUUGAUCUCCUCAGUUCCGGGGUGAAUUUGAAGGGACGCUCCUCUGCUGUUUCCCUGCUUGAACUUUCUAUUGGCCCCUCCUUCCUUGCUGAUAUCCCAGGCUGCAGUAAGGGCUCUUGUAUGCUGCCUGAGCCCUGGCCCCUUCCUCUCACUUCCUGCUUCUUAUAUCCUGUCCUUCCGCUGCUGUCCGAGCUGUCGGAGGAGCUGGAUUUGAUGGGGGGGGUGGCUGCUCCCUGUAAGCCCACCCCCUUACACUUAUUAAUACUGAAUUUCUCAUUGGUGAUCUGUACUGAUACCCCUUCAAGGCCGUCUUUUCUAACUUGGUGCCUUACAGAUGUUUUGGACUGGGGUAGAUGGGAUUUGGAGCCUUUGACAUCUGGACGGCACCAGGAAGGCAGAGGCUGCUGUAAGUUACAUUAUGACUGCAACAUCCGACCUGAAUAUCAUUUAUAUAUGUAUAAACCAUAGCUCAGAUCCACUUUAAGAUACACUAAAGACAAGAGGGUGUCAUUAGGAAAGCAACAUGCAUUUCUUAAAAGAGGUCUUAGCUUGUUUACACUUGGUCUUGUAGACUUGUUUGCAAGCUAUCUAACACAGGAAAAGUAAAUUACAACAGCAAAGUUCAGACCUAGUAGUAUAGUUGUAGGUAAAUGGUGUCAGUAGCUUGAAAGUACUGCAUGCAUAAUACAUAAUACAAACAAUACAGUUUAGAGAUAACUCUAGCUCCUAAAAUCUGCUAAAGAAAGUCUUGUAAACCAUGAAGCUUCAUACUUUAGGUAGAGUCUCCCACAAGGAAAACUUAAUUGAAAGAAGUAUUACAAAAAAAGUUUCAGUCCAUGCCUUAAUUGAUCAAGCUUCCAUUCUGAUACAGUGUUCAAUAGGGCAUUCCUAACAAACCAGGAAAGAGCUAUUGGGCUUCUCAGGGGAAAGAUGCUCCUGAAAACAUAAUUUUCAGCUCUGUACACCAGAACUGGUAUUGUGAAUUACUUGGGAACAAAAGUCGCACAAGCUAGUUGUCUAGAUAUGGUGUUAUUUUUCUGCCUGCACGAGGAAAUAGAAGAUGAUACAGAAGCCACAGGCAGCACUAGGUCAAAACAUGCUGUAAUUUUAGUAAAUUAUCAAGUUCCAAUAGUUUGCUGUGUUAAGACAGCAUUGACUUAAGUCUUCUGCAUUCCAUCAACUGGGCCAACCCAACAGGAAUACCAUAUGCCAGUAGACAACCGCUGGUCCUUUUGCUUAUAAACUGCUGCAGAAGCAUUGGAUUGGCUCUGCCAUCUUGCACACACCCAUCCUUUGUCGGUGGCAUUGACAUUGGAAAGCCAGGUGUACCCUGCCUGCAACUUCCUGCUACUCGCUGCUGAUGAAGGUUCUGUGAUGCUCUGUGCCUUUUUAGCAUCUUCAGGCAUCAUGGUGACCAUUUUCUAGGGUUAGGAGAGCUGUAAUGUUCUGUUUAUGAUGUGGUAAAGCUAGUGGCAAUGGUUCGUCGCAGCAAACCUAAGCAACUUAAAAAAUGCAUUUAUUGACAAAUCGGAGUUAAAGUGUGGUGCUACAAAGAAAAACAGAUUCGUGGCCUCUUGUUUACUCAUGAAUUAGUUGCUUCAUAAUUAAAAUUGAAAUUGAAUGAG